AUGGGUUGUUUAGUCCACAAAAAACAUUUUUUAUAGUUUUUGGAAGGUAAAAUUUCUUUUGUAGAGUAUGAAUUCGCGAGUGAACAUAAUUAGCAAACAUCUUAAAGAAACGUAGCUUAUUUUGUUUUUGAUUUGAAUAAUUUGAUUGAAGGUGGCUAAUAAAAAGAUUCAAAAACUAAUUUCAUAGCAGGUAUUAUUUAUGAUUAAUAAGAAGAUAUAGCUGAAAAGUUAAAAAGUUAUGUUUAAAACUGCUUUACUGACAAUAUUUAUUUGAAAAACAAGCAAUAUUUAGAAGGAUUUUCUAAUAUAAUAUAAGGCGUUUAUUCCUUUUUAGAUUCUAUUGAAUCACUAAAAGCUUCUUCAUAGUACUUUAACUAUAAUGGAGACAAAGAAAUGUAUUUAGGUGUAGUUAAUUUUAUUAUGUCCAUAAAUGACUAAGUUUAUCUGAGUAAAUCAGGGUCUAAAAACUAUAAAUUUUAAAAUAAGUGGCUCAUUAAGCUUAAAAAUAGCUGGGGUAUCUAAUUUAUUGAAAGUUACAAAGAAGUAAAUCUUCUUAAAGAUGUUAUAAAUUAUGAUAAAUAUAUCUAUCAGCUAAAAGAAGGUUCGAAAAAGGUAAAAGAGAUCAUUUUAAGUAGUAAUUAAUGUUCUAAUGAUGAAAUUACUGAAAAUGUACGUAAAUAAUACCCAAAAAGAAAAGUAAAUACUAUUUAUAAGUCCAUGUAUUAUCUAAAAUUAAAGUAUUGA